CCUCCCCGCCGGAGCGUCGCGCCGCCGCCAAAAACCGCCGCCUCCCAUCCGUAGCGAAGGACCUCUUACUCGUGGUCGUCCUCCCGCCACCAAUCCACCCAUCCGUACGCGUCUCCGUUUGCCCUGGUCCCGUGUCAGGCCGAUGGACGAAACCCUAGCCGCCGCAGCCGCCGCGCCGGAGCAGGCGGCGCCGGAGCGGGAGAAGGAGACGCUCGAGGAGGUCAUGUCCAGGCACAGGAAAGAGAAAUCCAAACUCCAGGAUAAGGAAACAAACCUCAAGAAAGCAGCUGCCAAAGGCAGCAAAGCUGAGCAGAAGGCCAAGAAAAAGCAGGUGGAGGAAGAGAUAUCACGCCUCUCAGCUGAAUUGGAGGCGAAGCAUGCUGCAGAGCUUGCUUCUUUUGGGUACAAGGCUGAAGGCAGCUCUGAGAAGGGGAACCUUGACACCUUAGUGAAUGCUAUAGCUGGUGUUUCUGUCUCCAGCAAUGCAGAUUCCGCAAAGCAGCCUGGGAAGGCUGCAAGACGGCGGGAGAAGAAGGCAAAGGAAGAAGCUGCUCGAGAGCAGCGAAUUCAAGAAGAACAAACCAAUCUCGUGAGCGAUCGCAUGGUGGAAGACGAGAAACUUGAAAAGAGGCUCGAGCCCUUGGGGCUGACCAUUCAUGAGAUAAAGCCAGACGGCCACUGCUUGUACCGCGCUAUCGAGAACCAGCUGUCGCUCCAUUCCAAAGGCACUACACAGUACAGUCACCAGGAGCUACGGCAAAUGACAGCCAAGUACAUGAGAGAGCACGCUGCAGAUUUCCUCCCAUUUUUCCUUUCAGAGGGCAAAGCUGAGGCUGGACCAGAUCCUUCCAAGAGCUUCGAGAGCUACUGUGCGGAGAUCGAAUCCACCGCUGCUUGGGGCGGGCAACUUGAGCUCGGUGCUCUCACACACUGCCUAAAGAAGCACAUCGUGGUCUACUCGGGCUCAUUUCCAGAUGUAGAGAUGGGCAAAGAGUACAACAAGAAGCUGGAAGCAGGAGGUGACCCUAGCAUCAGGCUUUCCUACCACAGGCAUGCCUAUGGUCUAGGCGAGCACUACAACUCAGUGAUCCCUGCCGAGUUGGAAACCUGAUGUUUUUUUGGUCUUUAUUUAAUGUGUUUUAUCCAUGUCAUUCUCUGGUUGAGUGUACCAAUCAUAGUAUGUUUAGACGGGAGUUCACUUCCCAAACAAUUUUGGUUGUAAAACCGUGUUAUUUUUACUGUUGCUGUUUGGCGUGUCGACUCUUCUCAUCA